AUGAACAGCUACCCGACGGGUAGGGCGCCUCACGACUACGGGGUUUCCAGCCUGUCCCCUCCUGCCUCGACCUCUAGCAGCAAGGCAGACAGCGCUGCCAUGAAUGGAUAUUCCCAGGAUGCGCCGUCGCUUGACCAGACGUUGGGACCGACGUCAACGCCGCGAUCGGCGCGGGUCGAGCUGAAAGAUCCGAUCCAGAUUCAUCUACUUACGGAAACCGCACUUUCAGACAGCAGAGGCUACGAGAUAUUGUCGCAGGAGGAAGUGGAUGAGCUCAAGAAGCAGGAGGCCCUACUCUCACAGCGGGUAGAAUCAACGAGAUCCAAUCUUGCCAUCCAAUCCAAAUAUCGCGAUGCCUCGGCCUCCAUGGCCAGGCUUGGUCAGGGAGCUGCGGACCAUGAGCGCAUCAAGGAAGCCGAACGCGAGAGGCUUGCGUGCGGGAAAAGGUGCGACGAACUGGCUCAGGAGCUUCUCAGUCUGGAGAAGCGACUCUUGGUCCCCCGCCGGAAAAUACUCGAACACACCGCCGCCAUCUUGCAAUUGACGCAUAAGGCUUCCAGGAGGAAGGCACCGCCGCAAAACGGCCAGCUAAUCAACGGAGUCCCUGGGAGUCCCGAGAGCCUAUAUACCUACUCCCACGGCCGGAAUAGCCUGGAGCAGGUGGGCGACGACAACUACUACUUUGGCGACCCUUCGGUCUAUCAGCUGGACGGGCUGGAGCGGUCACGAAAGAAUGCCAUUGAGAUUCCGCUCAAGUCGCCAAUCCGCGAGCAGAACCAACUGCGGGUGGAGCUGGAUCGCUUGCGAGAGGAGAACUCGCAUCUGCGCAGCCAGACGGACGGCCUGUUGGGGAAGCUUCAGGGCCUCAACAUGUCGCUGCGCGACACCAUUGUUCGAUUUAACCCCGAGGUCAACCGAGGUUACGAUGAGCCGCCGCGAGUUACUUUGACCCCGGAUGCCACGGUGGCGAAUUUACUGGAAAGCCAGGUGGAGUAUCUCGAAAGCGGCCUGGUGGCCGUUCAGGCCGAACAGGACUCAUAUGCUGGCGGCAGCGGCGGCGGCGGCGGCGGCGGCGACGGCGGCAGCCAGCUGGGCGAGCGCAUCGAGGCCAUCAAUCUCCAACUACGGGACCUCCUCAUGUCGUCAAAUCCCCACUACACGCCCACGAUGCUCCCGUCCGACUCCGACGUCGACGGCCAAAUGACGUAUCUCGAGGACUCGAUCCGUUCGAUCGACUCGCAACUGGCGCGCAUCGGCUCCUCCAGCGCAACCGACGAGACGGGCCCCGUCCUGUCGGGGCUGUGGGACUCGAUGCGGAGAGGAUUUGCCGAAGCCAAGCAACGCAAGGACGACCGGCGGAGGGCCCGCCUCGAAAAGGGGCUGCCAGAGGAUGACGAGGACAUGUCUGAUUCCGAGGGCUUCGACGCCACGGAGCCCUACUCGUUGGAAUCCUUCGCAAACAAGGUGCGAUGGAUGCAGUCGCAGGCCAUCACCUUGCGGGACCAAAAGUACGUCCUCAAGCGGCAGAUCAAGCAGCAGCGGGAGCUCAACAACAAGUCGGACGCCGAAAAGGACGAGGAGCUCGCACACAAGCAGGAGGAACUGGAGCAACACCGCCAACUGCUGAGCCGCGCCGACAAGGACGCCGCCGAGGCGCGCAAGAUGCUCUCGGAGACGAUGGCCGACCUGGAGGAGGCCCGCAAGGCACGGGGCGGGGGGCCGCCCGGCGCGGCUCAGGCGGCGGUGGAGCAGCGAAACGUCAGGAUUGCCGAGCUGGAAGGGCGCCUCGAAGCCGCCCAAGACAGCCUGGCAGGUGCCGAGUCUCGGUCCCAGAGCGCGGAGCGCAGGCUGGCCGACGUGGGCGCCCAGGUCGAGUCCCUCGCGCAGGAGAAGCAGACGGCAGUCGAGGCGGCCCGAGGGCUGCAAAAGCAACUGGCAGGCGCGGAAACGAGGUCCAAGGAGGCGGAGAGCACGCUCGCCAAGGUCCAUGCUCAGAUGGACUCGCUCACGCAGGACAGGAGGGCCGCGGUCGAGGCGGCCCAAGAGCUGAAGAAGCAGCUGGCGGCGGCCGAGUCCAGGUCCAAGGAGACGGAGAGCCAGCUGGCCAAGGUGAAUGCGCAAAUCGACUCCCUCAGGCAGGACAGGCGGGCGGCAAGCGAGGCGGCCGAGGACUCGAAGCGGGAGCUGGCGGCGCAGACGAAGCAGUUCAAGGUCAAGGAGGACGAGGUGGAGCAGCUAAACAUGACGAUUGCGGAGCUCAAGACGGAAGUCACCAUUGCGAGAGCCGAGCUGGACGGCGCCUACGGAUCCCGUGCAGAGCGAGCUGCCGAGGUGGCGGCCAUCAAGCAGAGCGCCGAGGUGCUCAAGCUGCAGAACCAGGUGGACAGGCUCAAGAAGGAGCUGGGCGCGACGGUGGAGGAGCUGGAGGGCGUGACCAAGGAGACGAUUGGGUCGGAGAAGGAAAAGGCCGACAUUGAGGCGCGGCUGGACGAGGCGCUGACGGCCAAGGCGAGGCUGGACGCGGAGCUGCGGCGGGCGCGGGACGAGACGGCCAAGCUGCAGGAGGAGCUGGACGGCGAGCGGCUCCGGGUCCCGGGCGAGGCGUGCCGACCCGGGGCGGGGGCCUCGGUGCUGAGCGAGCGGUUCAGGGCCACGAUGAGGGCGGAGAGGAAGAAGUUCCAGGAAGAUCUGCGGGAGGAACGGCUGCGGUGCCGCCGGGUAGAGGAGGAGCUGGCGCGCCUGAAGCGCGGCCAGGGGGGCAGCAGGGGCAUGCUGAGCCCGCGGUGA